GUUCCGCUGCUGCCUCUCUGUAGAGCGAGCGGAGAGAUUAUUUAGAUACCAAAGAAACGAAAAGAGACGAGCAUCUGCAGUGAAACUCACUCAGUGACUCGCUCUCAACAAAGGAGACAACAUGACGACGUCCACAUGCAGGCCGCUAUGGAGAUAAGGAGCAAUUCCUCACGCUCACUCUUCUCUGGUUGUUAUGAACCCGCCAUCGGCUCGCUGUGAGGGCCAGUCCCCUGCAGAUGACCCAAUGGAUGACUGGCUCUUCUUGUCCACUGAGUCGGCGUGUCCUCAGGGCCUGGAUGUGAGCAGGACAGACCAGGACACAGAGGACAGAGGCCAACUCAAGUCAAAGUUGAUCUCGGCAUGGAACAGUGUCAAAUAUGGCUGGUCUUUGAAGCAGAAAUCCAAAUUCAGCAAGAGCUCUCCUGUGAUUAUGUUUGGACAGUCGUACGACCUGAAGGAUCACGGGGAGAGGGAGCGUUUCCGCCGCUGUUUUGCGUCUCUGCUGUGGUUGACGUAUAGACGGGGUUUCUCUCAGCUGGCCGGCUGCUCCCUGACCACCGACAGCGGCUGGGGUUGUGUGUUACGCACGGGGCAGAUGCUGCUGGCACAAGGCCUGCUGCUGCACCUCAUGCCACCAGGUUGGACUUGGUCAGUGAGCCACCAUGCAGUCAAAGAUGACAUGGACCUGCUGGUGAGUCGCUCCACAGACAGUGCAGAGCACGGUCUGGAUGUAAAGGAAGGGUCGAGUAAGAGGAGUCGAAAACUGAGCCUGGGUUCCCUGCUGGACAGGCCGAUGGAGGCUACACACAGACGGGUGGUGUCGUGGUUUGCGGACCAUCCCUCAGCCCCGUUUGGGAUCCACCAGCUGGUGGAGCUGGGCAAAAGCUCAGGGAAGAAGGCUGGGGACUGGUACGGACCUUCCAUUGUGGCACAUAUCCUCCGGAAAGCGGUGGCAGCAUCAGCAGACCUUCCCAAUCUAGUCGUGUAUGUUGCACAAGAUUGCACCGUUUACUUGGAGGAUGUGAAGAGGCUGUGUGAGCGGCCUGCCCCUCAGUGCUGGAAGUCCCUCAUCAUCCUUGUUCCUGUGCGACUCGGAGGACAAGAUCUCAAUCCCUCUUACAUCACUUGUGUCAAAAAACUCUUGACAUUACAAUGCUGCAUCGGGAUCAUUGGAGGCAAACCGAAGCACUCUUUGUUCUUCGUCGGCUUCCAGGAGGACCACCUGCUGUACCUGGACCCUCACUACUGUCAGCCCACAGUGGAUAUCACUAAGGAGAACUUUCCCUUGGAGUCGUUUCACUGUAAGUAUCCCAGGAAGAUGGCUGUCUCUCGCAUGGACCCCAGCUGUACCAUAGGAUUCUAUGCUAAAGGCCAAAAGGACUUUGAGUCACUGUGCACAGUUGUUAAUGAGGCUCUCUCCACAUCUGCACAGACGUACCCAAUGUUUAUAUUUGCAGAAGGAAAAAGCCAGAAGGAAGAGGAGGGAACCAGUAAACCCACAAACAAUAUCACUUAUAUCCAGAGAAAGAGUGAACGGAGGCGAGUGGACACCAGCAGCAGCAUGGACGAGUUUGUUCUAUUAUGAACAGAAGAUCAAAUCUGCCCUGAGGGGCGUACAGCCAUCAAUGAUCAAAAGUUACUGUGUGGCAACUACUGAGCAUAAAAACUAUGUCCUCAACAUCCACAAUAAGCUCAAGGGAAUAAUAAAGUGGCCAGGUAUCAUUAAUAACACUACUAUAUUUUUAUUGCUGUUUUGAGCUCAUUUUAUUGUAUUGUUUUUAAGAGAAGAACAUUUAAAUUAAUAUAAUUGAAUUGAAGGACUUUGAAGAAUAAAGGAUGUGGUAUAAUAUCCAUAAGAUGAUAUAAAUAAAGGUCCCCUAGGGACAAACUUUAAGGCAAGUGUUACUAUGAGUCUCCCACUGUUUCAUGUCAUGUGACAGGAUGUGCUGCCUUUGAAUGGAUUAUAAAAUCAGAUUCCUAGUAACAUGUGACUCGCACAUGAGAAACAGAGAGAACCGGAGAAGAAGUCAAAUGUUGUGAAUGCACUCUUACAGGAAAAAGACAAUUCAUACUGAAGAUAUUCUUUAGAGCUGGAUUCUUUUUUGCUGUAUUUUAUCUAAAUAAACACUUUAUGAAGAA